CCGCCACGCCAGCCAAUCGCGCUCGAAGAAACCGUUACGAGUUUCCGUUGUGUAUGCGUGUUUGAACGAUCUAGUGCACAUUUGUCAUCUGCGUGCUGUGAACCACUCCCGUGUGCGGUGUUACCCGUGUUUUCGCGAUCCUCGUUAAAGCAAACGGAGCAACAUGGCUGUUAACGUGUACGCUACAAACAUGACGUCGGACAAUCUCAGUCGCCACGACAUGCUGGCGUGGGUGAACGACUGUCUGCAAUCUUCGUUUACCAAGAUCGAAGAGCUCUGCACUGGAGCAGUCUAUUGUCAGUUCAUGGACAUGCUCUUCCCAGGCAGUGUACCUUUGAAAAGGGUCAAGUUCAAGACCAAUCUGGAACACGAGUAUAUACAGAAUUUCAAAAUUCUCCAAGGUGGCUUCAAAAAGAUGAAUGUGGAUAAGGUAAUACCAGUGGACAAGCUGAUAAAAGGACGCUUUCAAGAUAACUUUGAGUUUCUACAGUGGUUCAAAAAGUUUUUUGACGCAAAUUACGACGGACGUGAAUAUGACGCUUACGACGCGCGCGGCUGCAUACCGCUAGGUUCUGGCGUGGACGGAACGCACACUUUAUCGAAUCCCCAGUUGGUACCUUUGCCACCACAAUCGAAACAGCCGCAAAUGCAACAAAGACAUAUACAGCAACGUACCAUCAUUGUGCCAAUAGAUAGGCUGGUGAAAGGCAGGUUCCAAGACAACUUUGAGUUUUUGCAAUGGUUCAAGAAAUUCUUUGAUGCAAACUACUCGGGAGCAGAUCCGUAUGAUGCGCUUGCUAUGCGAGGAGGAGAGCCUAUGGGUAGUGGCGGAAGUAAUGCACCACGUGGUGGUUCUAACGUGAAACGUACUUCUCCACGCGACACAAUAAGUUCGACUAAACCGGCUCCUCGUACUACUGGUGAGGGACAUCCAUCUACCAUGCGUGCAGAUAGUACAAACUCUUUAGUAAAUAAAGUUCAGCAGCCGUACCGUGCGCCUCCCAAAAACACAGUUGGCAAUCGUGGUGAUAACGGAAAAAUUGAGGAACUUAGUGCGCAGUUGGUUGAACUGAAAAUGUCAGUCGAAGGUCUGGAAAAGGAGAGAGAUUUCUAUUUUGGAAAAUUACGUGACAUAGAAGUCAUGUGCCAAGACUGCGACAAUGGCGGUGAUCCUCCACCUAUUGUACAGAAAAUUUUAGAAGUCCUUUAUGCAACAGAGGAUGGUUUUGCACCACCUGAGGAAUUGGAAGGUGACGGACUUGCGCCUGAUGACGAGGAGGAAUAUUAACCUUUUUUAUUUACGGAUGUAAUCGAAAUGAACAACAGCAAAUUAUCCAAGUGCGUUUCAGUUUAUCAUGCCUGUGAGCCAGUAUCAUUACCCCUUGCAUAAUUAUUACAUAAGCUGUUUUACAUGAGCAAAUUCAACAGUUUUUGCGCGGAUUGUGCAUACAUUUUGUUAAUAAAGUUCACUGAAAUCAUUAAGAUUCGCACAACAUUAGAAUAGACUUAAGUUGAGUAGUGCACUUGAAUAACUUGUUCUUUAUUGGCCGUUGCUAAAAGAGGGAAAGAAAUGGAGAAAAUUAGAGGAAGAAAAUCAACUAGUAAUCUAUCACAAAUUAUUGCAAUUCCUUAUAGCGUUAAAAUGGUAGAGUUCCGAAGAUCAAUGGCUCUCGAAUUGCCUCAAAAAUUUAUGUAGAUACCGAUGCCUAUUAAUGUUAUCUGCAUCCGUACUGUUACGUAGCGACUUACGUUAACUACACAUUUUUUUAAUGCGUGAGUGUUUUGUUUGUAAUUGUAUUAAGUUUGAUCGAUAAUGAAUCACGAAGCCCCCAUCAACAAUUUUGCCUUUUGAAAUCUAUUUAUAGUCAUCUAAAAUGUUAGUCCUAUUGAGGAGUUCAAACAAAAGCUGCUCAAUUUGUUCCAGUCGUUUUCUAUGUGCAAUAUGGCCCAUGCAUUCAAUAGUUUCGUGUGAAACAAUAGAUUUUCAUCGUCAGCAAAAUAAUUUGGAUAUACAUAAUAUU